AAAUUAGAAGCCAUGAUAAGGUUAUCAAUAUAAACGUUGCGACUAAUUUAUCAAGGUAUACUUUGAAAGUGACUGUGACACCAGCAGCUGUGGACAGGAUGGCCUCUCUACUUUUUUGGACUAUAGCGCUUCUAGCAGGUUCCUGUUACGCUAGUGAGCAGAAUAGGAUAGUAGGCGGUAGUCCUACCACAAUCAAUGAUCACCCAUCCAUAGUCCAAGUAGAAUAUUUGGAUUCCUGGCCUGUAGCUUGGACACAGCGGUGCGCCGGUAGCAUCCUAAACACGAGACACAUCCUAUCUGCAGCUCACUGCUUUGAUGGGCCAUUCUAUGAACCAAGUAGGCGUCGCAUCCGAGCUGGAGCUACUUUCCGUCACACUGGUGGUAGCGUCAUCAAUGUAGAGAGAGAAUUCAACCACCCAUCCUACGGAAAAUUGGAUUAUGAUGGUGACAUCACUGUGGUCCGCUUGGUGGAAGCGCUGAUAUACAACCCUGUGAUCCAACAAGCCCCAAUCGUCGCUCCUGGUUCUGUCAUACGUGACAAUAGGCCAAUCGUCCACGCUGGCUGGGGUCUUACUACGCAAGGUGGCGUUUCAUCUAGCCAGCUUCUUAACGUCACAAUUUUUACCAUAAAUCGCGAGGUCUGCCGCGAGCGCUACCUCACACACCGUCCACCUUUUGCCGUCACCAGUAACAUGAUCUGUGGUGGUAUACUCGACGUUGGUGGCAAGGAUGCUUGCCAGGGUGAUUCCGGUGGUCCAUUGUACUACGGUGACAGUGGAGUGCUCAUCGGUGUGGUGUCCUGGGGCGUCGGCUGCGCCGACGCAUUCUACCCGGGAGUCAGUGCCGCCGUCGAACCCUACGUCGACUGGAUAAGGUCGAUCGCUGAAAACUGAAAAAAAUACCCUUAGCGUCUAAUAUCGUUUUAAUAAAAGACAUGAGUUUUGACUUAUUUUGUUUUAGUUAUAAAUUCUGAC